AUGGACCCCAGGGGUCUCACGUUGCGGAAGAAGCGUAAAGACCGCCCGACUAUCAGCGCACCUCAAAAUGCCUCUGGUCCUGGUAUUGGCAGACCAGGGCCUCCGCAGAACAAAUCUGGCAAUACCCUGACUGUGCCGCGAGAACGCAACGCUCCAACCGAGACCUCUGACCUCGUCAAACGACGUUAUUCGACAAGAUAUAAUCAACUCCCUGACUUCAGCAACCUCGGGGCUCCCGCUGUCCCCGCACUACCAGGAGCUGGUACCCUGAAGCGUCGCUCUGGAGGCGGUUCUCCACGCCGACCUGGAGCAGGAUCAACCUCACGUCCUCUUGUCGUCGAUAACGAUAUCCUCCGAGAUCCAAACCUUCAACACGAACGUUAUGUCACAGAUCUCCUUGCAAAUGCCUCAGAACAAGAUAUUCAGGAAUAUCAGAGCAAUCUGCAGCGGCUCAAGCAUCGCAACUCUCAAGAGCUGAAGCAGAGCGUCUACCAGAACAGAACACAAUUCAUCAAGAUCAGUAAAGAGGCGGAAAAGUUGAAGGCCGAGAUGGGUAUUCUUCAGGGCCUUAUGACCGAGCUGACUGGCACUCUGGGAACGGGAAAUGGGGGAACCGCAAGCACACCCAUCUCACCCGAGCUGAAUGGGGGUUCACUAUCCAGAAGAAAUACAAACAGGACGUCGGUAGCGAAUUUGGAGCACAUGUGGAACAUUCAACUACAAUCACUGUGGAAGAAUAUCGAGAAAUCUCAAAAGUUUUUACCAGCCACUCCUGGCCGGCAUAUCAUUGCGGAGACGGGUGCUUGGAUUGAGCUGGACUCGGCUACUUGGAAACCAAAACGGCCCGUUCAUAUUGUGCUUCUGAACGACCAUCUUCUUGUUGCUUCGAAGAAACGUAAGCGGGUAGAUCCCAAUGCACCUCAACAGGGACCCGCCCCAACGAAAUUGGUGGCUGAAGAAUGCUGGCCACUCCAGGACAUUGAGAUCAUCGACAUGGCUGCUAGCGUAGCGAAUACCGGGGCCACAACACCAGCUGAGGAAAAGGCCAUUGCCUCUGCACUGGCAAUCAGAUCUGGUGGACGAUCGCUCACCUACCGACACGAGAAACGUGACGAAAAGGCCAAAGGCAGUCUAUUGAUGGCUCUCAGAAAGGCAUCCGAGGACGUUCGGAAAGCUGCCAAAACGCAGGAGGAGCAAAGCAACCCACUCCAGUCCGAAAGCCUCAACUACUUUGCAACCCGCGAUCCAGCAUCGGCGAAGAACACCGAAAUCAUCGAAAGCAUCAACUCCUCCAAGGACAAGCCCGACAUCCUCAUAGAAGUUGACGGCCGACAACAGAAUUUCCGCUGGGUUGAGGGACAAAUAGACGAUUUGGACAUUGAAAUUUCCCUACAACGCUUCGAUGAAGCUGUCGAAAAGGUCGAAAAGUUACGGAAGAUUGCCAAGAGCUUGAAGGGCAAUUCGGUCGCACAAGAGCUCAUCAGCGUCAAGGUUGAUGAGCGCGCCGGCAAGCUUGCCACUGUGCUCAGCCGGGAACUGAUUGAGACUCCAUCUUUCAUGGAAGCCACGAAACGCAAGGUCGGCUAUCUCAUCCGCCUCGGAUUUGAGGACCGUGCAAGAGAAGCCUACCUCAACGCUCGGAGCGAGACCCUCGUCAAAAGAGCGCGGCAAUGCGUUUUCGAGGGUGAUCUGCACCGCUAUGUCUUUUCCAUCUCCUACGUUUACUUUACUAUCGUGAAGAACACUGUGCUUAUAUAUCAAGCGGCCUUUUCACCGUUGACCAUCAGCGCUUGCGUCAAAUGGGCCGACACACAUUUGGAGACAUUCAAUACCUUGCUAGUCAGGCAGUUGAGUGCAAUUGAGAAGCAAGGAAAGUUGUGGAGAGAAUGUAUGGACGUGGUGUGGCAGCACGAGCGGGAGAUGUUGGGCAAUUCUGGCCUGGAUUUUAGAGAGGUUAUUGGACGCGAGCUGGAGGUCAGGGAUCUGCCUAGCACUGCAAAGCCAGGUGGAAACACUUCUGCCGGGACGAAGCAGGGGAGCCGGUCAAAGUCACGGACCAGAGGUGCGACGUGA